UUUAAUUGUUGUACGGUUGCAUUUAAUUUAAUGUACAUGUCUCUUGUCUGUCCCAACCCUCUUUGUGUGAUCCUCGUGUUUUUCUCACCCCAGGUGUGUUACACUUGCCGUCUCUUACCCUUUCCCCUGUUUGCAUCUUUAUUCUCUGCUUAGUUCAGCACGUAUAGAUGCUAUUGUUAUAGUCACCGUUGCAGAGCAAAUAAAAAAGCAACACACUGAAAUUUAAUUUGCUUAUCUCGUCCUUCUUUAUUGCAUCUGUGCGCACCAACCCCGCAAUAUGCUUUUAUUAAAGACAGUUAUUUUAUUUUAUUUUUUAACCUCGUGACUUUAUUCUCCCUCUGUCAUUUUCUCCGUGAUUUUGAGCGCAUUCACCGUGGCUGCUCCGUGAUUUAUGUCCAAAUUUUCCGUGACAAACUCCAAGCCCUAUUGAUAGCCCAGCCUACUAAACUAUACAGAGAACACACAAACUAGGAAGUGUGAUAGUUGUCCACAAUGCUCAGUAAUGAACACAUUCGGGGGCAACAGAGUUAUCGAAACAGUUUAUUUAUUUAUCUUCUGAAAAAUAAUUAAGAAAAAGUAGCGGCUGAAGUAGCGGUAGCGGCAACUACAUUUUGCAGGAAAGAAAUAGCUCGCUACUGUAAAAUAAAAAUAACUCGCUACAGCAAAGCUACACAAAAAAGUAGCUCGCUACUCCCCAACACUGAAUAGAAGGGAGUAAAGCCUAACCCUGAUUUCAGCUACAGCGUGAACAUGCUUUUUUGACUUUCCAGUUAGUUUGCAUUCUCCAAAGAAAGCUUUAGCUGAUGUGUCUCCUUCUUCUUAUGUGCAGUAUUAUACCCAACCCAGAUCAUGACAUUGCCAACCCCGGGUAUAUUUUGGGGCGGAGCGGGGUUGCAUUCCCCAAAGGAAGGAAUCGACCAAGAGCGUCCUCUCUGUGCGCGUUUGUUUGUGCCUGUUCAGAACAGAGCAGCGGACUCAGAGAGAGCGGAUUGACAGGCGGAAGAGCUGGUUUGUUUUCAUCCUGACAGUCAAGCAGCCCGGCGGUUUCAGGUUGUUAUCGCUUUAUUUAAACCGAUGAAACCCCGUGUGUUUUAAAGAUCAGAACUAUGCCGGUCGCUUGGUGAUUACGCUGCUGCUGCCUGUAAGACCACCCUGCCGCAGAGCCAUGGCCUGUGUGGAUCAGUCCAAGGUGGACGGUGCCACGGCCACGCCGCACCAGACCCAUUAUUCCUCAGACAAGUACGCGCGGCGCAUCCUGGCCCAGAUGAACAGGAUGAGGAUCCUGAAGGACUUCUGUGACGUCCAGCUGCUGGUCGGGGGGCGGCAGUUCAGCGUCCACCGGCUUGUCCUGGCUGCCAGCAGCCCCUAUUUCACAGCACUGUUCACCGGGGGCAUGAGAGAAGCGGACAAAGACAUCGUUCAGAUUUUAGGAGUGGAAGCUGACGUCUUCGAAAUGCUUCUGGAAUUUAUAUAUAGCGGCGUGAUUAACGUGACCGUGGACAACGUGCAGGAGCUGAUCAUCACGGCAGACAUGCUGCAGCUCAGCGAAGUGGUCAAGAUCUGUUGUGAGUUUCUCAAAGUGCAGAUGGACCCUUCCAACUGCGUAGGAAUCUACCAGUUCCUGGAACAGAUCGCCUGCCUUGACAUGAUGGCAUUCACUGAGAACUAUAUUCAUGUGCAUUUCCUAGAGGUGUGCGCUGGGGAGGAGUUUCCCGGUCUGGCGAAGGCUCAGCUGGUAAAGUUCCUGCGGAGCGAGGAGCUGCGUAUUGAGGACGAGUACCAGGUGUUCAUCGCAGCCAUGAACUGGGUCCUGAAAGACGUGGCCAGGAGAAAGAAGCAUGUGGUGGAGGUGCUGGAUCCCAUCCGCUUCCCUCUGCUCUCCCCACAGCGGCUCUUCAAAUACAUCGAGGGUAUUUCAGAUUUCAGUCUGAGGGUGGCGCUACAGACCCUCCUGAAAGAAUACACAGAAGUCAGCAAGUCACCUAAAGAGAACAAGAUGUUCAGCGUACUUCAGCCAGCCAAGAUCAGGCCCCGAAGAAAGGCAAGAAAAUAUCUUUACGCCAUAGGAGGGUACACUCGUCUGCAAGGGGGGCGCUGGAGUGACAGCAGGGCACUGAGCUGCGUGGAGCGCUUCGAUUCCUUCAGCCAGUACUGGACCACAGUGUCCUCUCUGCACCAGGCCCGCAGCGGGCUCGGGGUGGCAGUGCUGGAGGGCAUGAUAUACGUCAUUGGAGGGGAGAAAGAUUCAAUGAUCUUCGACUGCGCAGAGCGUUACGACCCUGUGACUAAGCAGUGGGCUGCGGUGGCAUCGCUGAACUUCCCGCGAUGUGGAGUGGCCGUGUGUUCCUGCCAUGGAGCUCUGUAUGCCUUGGGGGGGUGGAUUGGAUCAGAGAUCGGGAAAACCAUGGAGAGGUACGACCCCACGGACAACAAGUGGGAAAUCGUGGGAAGCAUGGCCGUGCCCCGCUACUACUUCGGCUGCUGUGAAUUACAGGGUUUCAUCUAUGUGAUUGGUGGCAUUAGCGACGAGGGGAUUGAGCUGUGCUCCGCCGAGGUGUAUGACCCGGUCUCUAAGAGAUGGCGUGCGCUGCCAGUGAUGUCAAAGAGGAGAGCGUACGUGGGGGUGGCCAGUCUCAACGACUGCGUCUACGCUGUUGGCGGCUGGAAUGAGGCUCUGGGCUCCCUUGAAACAGUAGAAAAGUACUCACCGGAGGAGGAGAAGUGGAUCGAGGUGGCUCCGAUGGGCGUGGCCAGGGCUGGACUCUCAGUCACAGCAGUGAACGGGCUCUUGUAUGCGGUGGGGGGGCGUGCAUCCAGCCGCGAUUUCUCAGCGCCGGUCACCGUGGACUCUGUGGAAAUCUACGACCCCCACCUGGACACCUGGACGGAGAUCGGGAACAUGAUAACCAGCCGCUGUGACGGGGGGGUGGCUGUGCUCUGACCUGAGAGGAACUGAUAACCAUGAAAUCACACUCAGACAGAACCCAGGGCUAAUCAGAGGAGUCUGAUACCGGUCCUGGUGCCAACCAAUGCAGUCCUCUCUGUAGUAUCAGAGAGAGUGAUACAAUGGACUCCUAAAGCACUCCUCAAGAGCCUAGGUCCUUGUUGGGUCAAAUCCUGGCCUGUUUUACAGUGGAUGAUGUUGCAUUGUAUAAUUCUUACUUGUGUGAGCUUUGUGGUCCAUGCCUGAAAGACAUACAAUCCCAGAUCGUCUUUUUAAUGGACCCAAGGUGGGACGGGCUGGACCAUAGAUUAUCCAAUGACUGCUGAGAGAGUUCAAGUGCAUUGGAGUGAGGUUAAGUGCCAAUACACUGUACAAUGGAACUGAUCUACUGUGAGAAUUGAGACGAUUGAGCCACAUGGGCUGGUCCAUUUCACAAACACAGCAAAGGAAAAGAAAGAGGCUAGCAUUGGUCACAACUUGUUCAAAAGGUUGUAAUGUAAUUUACUACUAAGAAUGCACAGAAGUGUGCUGAUUGACAGCGAACUGAAAACAAUAGACCAUAAAACUUAGUGGGUAGAUUCAGCUGAAACAUACAGCGGCACUUACUUAAUUUCUGGUGCCAUUCUAUUAAAGUUCCAGAUAUAAAAGGGCACCCGACACACCCCCCCUUGCACCAGCAAAAACAUCACAAACUGUACAAUCCAUUAGCUCUUAGUAUAAAAUAAAACAUGUGUAUAUAGUGUGGCACUGGAGUUUGCUUAAUGCUGCUGUAUAACAGGGAACUGAUGUGGGUGCUGUGCUUUUCAGUUACGCAGAUGCAUUUGCUAAGAAAGAGAAGAUGUAGAAUAUAACCAAAUAACAGGGUUUGUGAAUACAGCUCAUAAAGUGUUUACACGAGGGAAGGGUGAUAAAAUGCAUUCCUGGUUAGUCAGACAUUCACAGUGGUUAGAUGUGCAGAGUUUCUAUAAAUAACUAAAGUCACUGUGCAUGGUACAGGAUGUCUAUACAUCACGUUCAAGCAGUGUCCCAUGGGUCACACUGUUGCGCAUUCGUGCCAUCUAUUCCUAAUGUGAGCUCCAGCAGCUUGGUCUUGUGCAACCACCAGCAGUUACAGUAGAAAAGGUCAUUUCUGUAUCUGAGGCAGCUGCAACGGGGCAACAAUGCUGUUCAUUCACAAAAUCUUUAAGGAGUGUUUUCAUGACUGCUCUGCAAAGGACUCUUUUUAUUGAAAUAAAAAAAAAACCACAGCCUAAAAUGUUAUUUUGUGAAUAGGCCCAUAUAUUAUGUAAGGAAAAGAAACACUAGGCUGGCCCUCCAUUGAGCUGAGCCAGUAGCUGCAUGCCUUUGUGUAGCAAUGUCAGCCGGCACACUUAGGCACACUGAACCCUACCAUUGUAGUUUAUGGCAUGGAAAUUAUUGACCUUUACUUAUAAAAAAAAGUAUUUCCUUAUUGACUCCCAUCUUUUCACUAAAGGUCCAUGCUUGCUUUAUGAAUACACUUUAUUUAGGUUAUAAGUAGGGGUUUAAAUCAAUUUGAGAAUUCUCACAAUUUAGCUUUACUCGAUUAAAUUGUUCGUCAACCAAUUAAUGAAAUUAAAUGUAACAAACAUGAAAUAUAAAAGACAGCCUUCUCAUGAAAUACCUUAAAUCAGCUUAAAAGUGAUGACUGCAUUAUACUGAAACAGUCACUUGGUAUUUCUAAAGAUUAAUCAAGCAUUCACAUUAAAAGUGAUGAAUGCAUUUUAUUGAAACAGUCGCCUGGUAUUUAAACAAACAAAAAAAAACAAUACAUUGUUAUUUUUU